AUGAAGGCAUUAUUAAUUAUCGAUGUGCAAAACGACUUCCUCCCACCAAACGGAUCGCUAGCGGUCCCCAAGGGAGACGAGAUAGUGAAUCCAAUCCUAUCCUUAAUCCAUGACUCACAACAGGACUGGCAUAGAGUCGUCAUGACUAGAGACUGGCAUCCAAAGAACCACAUCUCCUUCGCCAAGAGACACGGACAGGAACCAUACUCAUCCAUCACAUACAAGUCCCCCAGACCGGGCGAUUCAUCCACUCAAGAAGGUACCUUGUGGCCUGUGCAUUGUGUUCAGAACACCAGAGGCUCACAAUUGGCUGAUCCAUUGUUGAAGGAGACUUAUAAGAACCAUUAUAAGAUUGUUGAUAAGGGGUUCUUGUCAGAUAGGGAGUAUUACUCGGCGUUCAAUGAUAUUUGGGAUUUCCACAAGACAGAGUUGAACGAUUAUUUGAAGAAACAUCAUAUUACUCAAGUCUACGUCGUUGGGUUGGCGUUGGAUUUCUGUGUGAAGAACACAGCCAUCUCAGCCGCCAAGUUGGGCUACGAAACUAUCAUCUUGAAGGAUUAUACGAGAGCAAUCAAUUCCGAUGAGGAGUCCAUGGAGAAAUUGAAGAAGGAGUUGGAAGAGCACAAUAUCAAGUUGCAAUAG